GUGAAGUGCCUAUCACCAUUGGCAUCGAACCAUCAGUUGUCCUUGUCGGAGACCAAGUGACUCUGUCCUGCCAGCUGACAGAGAGUGUCCCCUCUAACACGAGUGUGCUUUGGUACAAAAUGGAAAAGGGGAGGGAUGCUCCACUGUGCUCUUCCUCCAGCCUGGGUGGUGUGGUGGAGCAAUGCCAAGAUGAAGAACAGUGGAGGAUUGCAGGACACUGGCACAGUAGAGCACUUCUUCUGGUUAUCCGGCAAGUGCAAGUAGCUGAUGAGGGGACAUAUGUUUGUGCAGUGAAUGGCAGUGCUGUUACACAGGAGGCUACUAUUGACCUUAAAGUUACAGCAAUCGGGUAUAAGCCAACUUUGGAGAGGGAUCUGCAAGAGGAGGGUAUGUGUCGCUACACGUGUAAGUCAAAACGAUGGUACCCAAAGCCUGAAGUCAUUUGGAGGAAGUAUGGAGGAGACACAGUAAAUGUGGAGGCCAAGACCAAAAUAACCUGGAGUGAGAGAGACCAUUUUACGGUGCAAAGCAUUAUCACAGUGCCCUGUGAUAAUGUAGACGUGGUGUGUGUAGUCAAACUCAUCAAAUCCGAGAUAAGCCGAUCAGGUUCCAUGAAUGAAAUUAUUGUGCCACAGUCAGGCACUUGUACAUACAAGGGCAGAAUAAGAGGUUCCUAUGAAAAGCCCAAAGUGAUGUGGAUUAAUCCACAAGGAGAAGAUCUAUCUUCACUGGCCCAGACAAGCAUUCUACAAGAAACAGACAAUAUUUUUGCCAUAGAAAGCUCCAUUGAGAUACCCUGUGGACAACUGCCACCUUCUUUUGUGACCACGGAUGGGGAACACAGUCCACAGAUUGCUCAAGGGUCAGAAAACCAGAAGGAGAUUGAUGACAUCAAGGUUGAUGAGGACACAGCCCAUCCAAACUUGUCUAUCACUGCAGACAAGAAGAGUUUUACGCAUAAAUCACAGGCUCAGAAAAUGACUCAAAAUGAAGGGAGUUUUGAUUCAUCUGUCUGUGUGCUGGGCUCAGAAGGUUUCUCCUCUGGGAAGCAUUACUGGGAGGUGGACGUUGAAAAAAGCAAUGAUUGGGACCUGGGAGUUGCCAGAAAAUCCGCUCCAAGGAAAGGAAUAAUGUCUCUGUCACCUAAAGAAGGAUUCUGGACUCUGGGCUUAAGUUUUAAAUGUUACUGGGCAAGAACUGAUCCAUGGACACGGUUAGCAAUACAGAAAUAUCCCAGGAAAGUCGGAGUUUACCUUAAUUUUGAAGAUAAAAUUUUGACUUUUUUCAAUGUUACUGACAUGUCUGUGAUGUUCACUUUUAAAGACUGCAUAUUCUCAGAAGAAAUUUAUCCCUUCUUUAAAAACUCACACAAAGAAUCCACUGUGAGAAUUUGUUCAGUUAAAGAGGAAUAA